AUGCUUCAGCUGCUGCUAAUGCCAAACCUUCUUCUGUGGGAGGGUGUGGCUCCCAUGCCCAUGUGCCUUGACAUGGAAGAACACAAUGUUGUGUCCAUUGAAGAUCUUUUUGACAGAGCAAUUGUCAUGGGUCAAUACACCUCUAACCUCACCACACAAAUAUCUGAGGAAUUUGAUGAAAACUUUGCCAAUCGCCUGGGGUACAGAGCCAGGAACCCCAGCACCUGUCACACUACUUCCCUUGCUACUCCAAGAAACAAUGAACAAAUCCAACAGACACAACCAGAUGACCUUCUGAAAGUGAUGAUCAGCAUUUCUGGAGCCUUGUACCAUCCUCUGAAACCCCUAGUGCAUGCAGUGGCUGCUCUUGAAGGAGCUUGUGAGACUAUGCUGUUGAAAAUCAAAGAAGGGGAAGAAAAAAAUCAAGAACUUCUAGAAUAAAUGAAGGCAAUCCUUGACAGGGUUCACCCUGGAGCUGAAGAAAAUGUCUACCCUGCUUGGAUGGGAUUGGCAGAUGUGAGAUCUGCCAAUAAAAAUACUCGUCAUUUUGCUCUUAGUGACCUACUCCACUGCCUUCACGGUGAAACUGAUAAGGUUGCCACUUAUCUCCAGACCCUGAAGUGUCGAGUCAUCUAUAACAACAACUGCAAAGCAUGCAUCCAACCAGCCAUUACUGGGGUCGACCUUGAUAAUGCAGACCAUCAAUGCUUCCUUUGA